CAAACUUCCGUUCCGCGGACGGGAAAUGUGCCAGUGCUAGUUUUCAGAACGUCCACAUGCACAUGUCCCCUCCUUGCAUGGCAUCUUUCUCCCUCGAAGCUAGCAAUCAGAAGCCUUAUCUCAAGCAACAUGGGAAAUUUGGCUUGAUGGUUUUCUUAAUUUCAAAACCCAAGGCCACUUUAAGCUCGAGCCUCAUCGUCGACCACCAGCCGGGAUCUUACUCAUGUUGUUGUUCGUCUUGUCCUCGUUGUUUUACUGUUUUACCCUAGUAUUGGGUCUUCCCUCUUCUCUGUCAUGGGCUCUCGGAAGGGAAGAACUCGAGCUACCUGACUUGUAUGAAGCGUCUGUCUUGGAAUUGCAACACGGUUUGGAUAAUGGGCUCUUUAGUAGUGUCGAUCUUGUCAAGGCCUAUUUCGCUCGAAUCGAGGAAGUCAACUUGAAAGGUCCAGCUUUGCGUGCAGUACUUGAAGUCAAUCCGUCGGCAUUGCAACAGGCCGCGGCCCUGGACAAGGAGCGUAAGAUAUCCGGGAAGCGUAGCCUCUUGCAUGGGAUUCCUGUUCUCGUCAAGGAUAACAUCGGGACCGUUGCAUCUGAAGGAAUGAACACGACCGCCGGGUCUUUCAGUCUCCUGGGAUCCGUGGUUCCUGAGGAUGCUGGCGUUAUCAAGAGACUGCGCAAAGCUGGCGCCAUUAUUCUCGGGAAAGCGAACCUAUCAGAAUUCGCGCAUUUCCGAGGCAAUCUCCCUUCGGGCUGGUCAGGUCGUGGGGGCCAAAACACAAACGCGUACUUUCCCAACGCUGACCCAUGUGGAUCUUCGUCUGGGUCUGGAGUAGCUGCUUCGAUUGGUCUUGCCGCCGUCACGUUGGGCUCAGAAACGGAUGGGAGCAUAACCUGUCCCGCUAGUAACAAUAAUGCGGCGGGGAUUAAGCCUACUGUCGGGUUGACGUCUCGGGCUGGAGCCGUUCCGAUUUCAGCCAAUCAGGACACAAUAGGCCCAAUAACACGUUCCGUCUCGGAUUCGGCUAUUGUGCUCUCCAUUAUCGCCGGCAAAGAUCCCAACGACAACUUCACGCUCGCACAACCUGAUAUCGUUCCGGAUUAUACGACAGCCCUUAAUCCGAACGCUCUUAAAGGGAAACGCAUCGGUGUUCCCCGAAAAGUUUUCCUUGACGAUGGUGUCAAUGAACCGGCGGUGGUCGCUGCCUUCGAAGAAGCUUUGAACACCAUUCGAACGUUAGGAGCUACGGUUGUCGAUCCUGCAGAUAUUCCAUCGGCUCAAGAGAUUGUCGCUUCUGAUAAUGAGACGUUAGUUCUGGACACCGAUUUCAAAGUUCAGCUGAACGAAUAUUACCAAAGUCUGCGCAAGAACCCUUCCGGCGUGAGGAGUCUGGCAGACUUGAUUGCUUUCGACAAUGCACACCCGGAACUCGAAGAACCUGUCAAUUUCACAAGUCAAUCCGAACUAAUCGCCUCUCAACGAACUAACGGGUUCGACGCUGCCUACCAACAAGCCUUGGCUUUCGACCAUGAACUUGGAAGGACUCGUGGAAUAGAUGCUGCGCUGCAUGAACACAAACUCGAUGCGUUGGUGUUGCCUGCAACAGGGUUUACGACUGUUCCGGCAGCUAUCGCCGGGUAUCCUAUUGUCACUGGUGUGCUGUCUCUCUCCACUUCCUUCGAAACCUAACGAAUGUAUCCUCAAACUAGUUCCCCUUGGAUUCUUCCCGAAUAACGUGACCAUCCAAAGCGCGGGACCACUUACUGUGUACCCUGCUCCUGGCGUUCCUUUCGGACUGUCGUUCUUCGCUGGAGCGUUCUCCGAGUUUGAGCUUGUUGGGUUUGGGUUCGCGUAUGAACAAAAGACAAAGACGAGGUUGGGGAGAAAGGCGUUCCCGGCUGCGAUUCCGAAGACUCAGUUGAAGGAUGUUAUUGGGAGGGACCAGUGAGUGGUGUUGCUGGAUUUAUUCGGUAUAUGUUGUAUUACUAUUGUGUAUUCGACGCGUUGAUCACUGACUUCGAGUCUCAAACUGAAAUUCCCG